AUGCAGCUCCAAUUUCCAAAUUCCAACUCUUGGUGGGUCCCACCCACCCACCUAUCAACCCCUAAAAUUUCGGUCUACUUCAACUUUCAGCCCACGCCAGGUCAAAAAGUCAGCAACGUCCAACCGACCAUUUUAAACCGGGGACCUCGCGUCCGCUUCAGCCGCAAACAGGCCAGCCUCGUCGGCCGCCUUUGGCUCCAGGCACCUGAAGGACGGCAUCUUCACCGGCGCCCGGUUUCCUCCUCCGCCGCUACUUCCCUCGCCGGAUUCCGCCACCACCUUGGGCAACUUCAUCGACAUCCCCCUCGAGAAGAACAGCCACCGGUCGGACUUUCCUUCCCGCUCGAUCCUCCUGUACGAUCUCCCUCCACGUGGCAGGCCGGGAACCGCGCAGCUCCCGGUCCGGUUCAGACCGGCCCGGUCCAUCACCUCCCUCCUCACCUCCUCCGGCAGCCUCAGUGUGAACCGCUCAAGAUUCUCCCCCGGCUGGACCACCGCCGCCGGCAACGAGUGUCCCGUCGAAUGCGACCGGAACUUCCCAAAACCAAAUACCGAUUUUGCCCUUGCGAUGCUCGAGCUCCGGCCGGGCCGGUCGGGCUCGUCGUCCACCUGGACGACGAUUUGAUCCGGUUGGGGUUUCGCCGGCUCUGGGGCGAGAUUUGCGCGGCAGACGGGGCAGGUGACGUGGGAGUUGAGCCAGGCGUCGAUACAUUCCGGGUGAAAGACGUGGUCGCAUUUGGGGAUGAGGCGGAGGUUUUCCUCCGGCUGAAACUCGUUGAGGCAGACGGCGCACUCGAGGGCGUCCUUGCCGGCCUUGUGGUGGCGGACCUCGGCGUAGGUGAAGGUGGGGAAGGUCUCGAGGACGGAGGGGUCGAGGCCGCGGGCGGCGGCGGCGCGGCGGGAGAGGGCGCGGCGGAUGCUGCCGGCGGGGCCGCCGGAGGAUGA